UGUGCGUCAGAGCCAACACGUUUCCCGACUGCGCAGCAUAGCAGUCCAUCCACAAACGUUCAGCAGACUCAGACUUUAUUCUGUUUGUAGGCAACUUUUGUCGCCAUCUACACACCACGCCGUUCCACAGGCUUUUCACCAGAGUGUUCUUCUGUCUGAACAUGGGGAAACGAAGCAGACAACGGCAGAAAGGCCAACCUGGAGGCAGGGAUAAUCGAGAUAACGCCGGCUGGGGAGCAGGCUAUGCUGACAUCGUCAAAGAGAACAAGCUGUUUGAGCACUACUACAAGGAACAAGGUCUGGUUCCUGGCGAGGAGUUUGAACAGUUUAUGGAUGCAAUGAGAGAACCUCUGCCAGCGACAAUCCGCAUCACAGGAUACAAGAGCCAUGCCAAAGAAAUCCUCCACUGUCUAAAAGAAAAGUACUUUAAGGACAUUCAAGAGCUUGAGAUUGAUGGUCAGAAGAUUGAGGCUCCACAGCCUCUGAGCUGGUAUCCUGAUGAGCAGGCCUGGCACACCAACAUGAGCAGGAAGAUCAUAAGGAAGUCUCCCCUCCUGGAGAAGUUCCACCAGUUCCUGGUCAGCGAGACUGAGUCUGGUAACAUCAGCCGACAGGAAGCUGUCAGUAUGAUUCCGCCUCUUCUCCUAAAGAUUGAGUCCCACCACAAGAUUCUGGACAUGUGUGCAGCUCCAGGGUCAAAGACUGCCCAGCUGAUUGAGAUGCUCCAUGCUGACAUGGAUGUGCCUUUUCCAGAGGGUUUCGUUAUUGCCAACGAUGUGGACAAUAAGCGCUGCUACCUGCUUGUGCACCAAGCCAAGCGUCUUAACAGCCCCUGUAUCAUGGUGGUCAACCACGAUGCCUCCUGCAUCCCCAUGCUGCAGAUCGACACAGAUGGCAAGAAGGACAUUCUCUUCUAUGACCGCAUCCUGUGCGACGUUCCCUGCAGCGGUGACGGCACCAUGAGGAAGAACAUAGAUGUGUGGAAGAAGUGGACGACCAGUAACAGCUUGCAUCUCCAUGGGCUCCAGCUGCGUAUUGCAGUGCGUGGUGUAGAACAGCUGGCUGUAGGAGGGAGGAUGGUCUACUCCACCUGUUCACUCAAUCCUAUAGAGGACGAAGCCGUCAUUGCAGCACUGCUGGAGAAGAGUGAAGGAGCAUUGGAGCUGGCUGACAGCUCAGCUGAUCUGCCAGGGCUCAAGUGGAUGCCUGGGGUCACUUCCUGGAAGCUGAUGACCAAAGAGGGGCAGUGGUUCUCAGAUUGGUCUGAGGUUCCAAGCACUCGUCACACACAGAUCCGCCCCACCAUGUUCCCACCAACAGACCCAGAGAAACUUGCUAGCAUGCAUCUGGAGAGAUGUAUAAGGAUUCUGCCACAUCACCAGAACACUGGAGGCUUCUUUGUGGCUGUGCUGCUGAAGAAAGCACCAAUGCCCUGGAACAGAAGAUAUCCCAAGCUGAGGAAAGACGGGCCGUCCAUCUCAGGGACCCAGGCUGGAGGCCCUCCUGCAGCCUCAGCCCCUGCAGAUGCUCCUCAUCUCCCAGAGAGAGCUGUGGGGAAGGAGGGGGAGGCAGAGGGCCCAGAGGAAAAAGUAGAGGAGGAGGUACCCAAAGGAGCUUCCUUAGCCCAGGAGACCACAGCUAAACAAGGAUUGUGUGGUCCUCCGCCCUCUAAGAAGAUGAAGCUGUUUGGUUACAAAGAAGACCCUUUUGUGUUCUUAACAGAGGAGGACCCCGUGUUCACCAGCAUACAAUCUUUCUAUGACAUGUCCCCAGACUUUCCCAAGCUCAACGUUUUGACCCGGACUCAUGAGGGCAAGAAGAGACACCUAUACAUGGUCUCCAAAGAACUCCGCAACGUGCUGCUCAACAACAGCGAGCGCAUGAAGGUCAUUAAUACGGGGGUGAAGGUGUGGUCUCGCAACAGCGACGGGGAGGAGUUCGGCUGUGCCUUCAGGUUGGCUCAGGAGGGUAUUUAUACUCUUCAGCCAUACAUCCGCUCCAGGAUAAUCAGAGUGAGUGUGGAGGACAUCAAAGUGCUGCUGACCCAGGAGAACCCCUAUCUCAACAAACUGGAGGACGAUGCUCACGCUCAAGCCAAGAAAUUGGUUAUGGGGAGCAUCGUGUUGAAGUACAUUCCUAACCCAGAUAAUCCAGCAGAACCCCAGUGUCCUAUCCAGCUGUGUGGCUGGAGGGGAAAGACGUCCAUCCGUGCCUUCGUCCCCCGUAACGAGAGGUUGCAUUACCUCAGGAUGUUGGGCGUGGAGGUCUUCAGGGACAAACAGGGCCUCGGGCAGAAACAGAAGGAGGAAGAAAAGGAGGAGAAAGAAGAUGGAGAGGAUGAGGGGAAAAAGGAUGUACAGGAGGAUGGAGCGUUUGAAAAUGAAGCCGAGCUGGACUUGGAAAACGGUGAUGAAAAUGGAUCAUCACAGCCUAAGAUGGACACUGAAAGCCAGGUAGCUAGUAGCUGAGAAUGAAAGGAUGGUUUCCUGAAGUCCUAUUUGAGCUCCAGGAGCUGUAAGCUGUUCUCAGACCACAUCAUGCCUGUACGGAUGUCUCUUCACCACACUGCCGCUGCAGAAGCAUUUCCUCCCGGAAACAAACUUUCUAGGGUUUUUACAUUUUUGCCACUCUGGGAGGCAGCUUUUAGUUGAAUUGCUUAUUCUUAUUUUAUAAAUGUUUUUUUAGAACCUUAUUUCAUGGACCAGUCGGCAUCAAUAAAUGUGGAUUUAAGUGGAGUAAUCAUGGAGUUGAUUAAAGCAUUUGAAGGUCA